AUGUCUCAAAAUAAAGGAUCCAAUGCAUUAAUUCAACAGCUACUUAAAGCAGAAGAAGAAGCAGAUUUAGUAAUUAAAAAAGCAAAAGAUGUUAGAGCAAAAAUGCUAAAAGAGGCUGAAACAACAGCAACAGAAGAGCUGAAAAUAUUUAGAGCAAAAGAAAAAGAGCGCUUAAAUAAAGGGCACAAAGAAAAAUCUAGUGCUGAAGAUGAAGUCGUAACGAAAAUAGAACAAAGCACUAAAGAAGAAAUAAAAAAAUAUAAAGAGUUAUUUAAAAAAAAUAAAGAUCAAGUAGCUCAAUUUGUAUUUGAUAAAGUUUUUACAGUUGAUUUAACUGUACCUGAUUGUACACAAAAGUCUUUUUUUUAUAAACAGAAUAUUUGA